AGAAUGGGGGCAUUGAUAUGGAUAUGGAGGGAGAAGGUAUGUCAUGAGUAGAAUGGGGACAUUGAAAUGGAUAUGGAGGGAGAAGGUAUGUCAUGAGUAGAAUGGGGACAUUGAUAUGGAUAUGAAGAGAGAAGGUAUGUCAUGAGUAGAAUGGGGACAUUUAUAUGGAUAUGGAGGGAGAAGGUAUGUCAUGAGUAAAAUGGGGACAUUGAUGUGGAUAUGGAGGGAGAUGGUAUGUCAUAAGUAGAAUGGGGACAUUGAUAUGGAUAUGGAGGGAGAAGGUAUGUCAUAAGUAGAAUGGGGACAUUGAUAUGGAUAUGGAGGGAGAAGGUAUGUCAUGAGUAGAAUAGGGACAUUGAUAUGGAUAUGGAGGGAGAAGGUAUGUCAUAAGUAGAAUGGGGACAUUGAAAUGGAUAUGAAGGGAGAAGGUAUGUUAUGAGUAGAAUGGGGACAUUGAAAUGGAUACAUUUCAAUAAGUAGAAUAGGGACAUUGAUAUCGAUGCAGAGGGAGAAGGUAUGUCAUGGAUAGAAUGGGGGCAUUGAUAUGGAUAUGGAGGGAGAAUGUAUGUCAUGAGUAGAAUGGGGACAUUGAUAUGGAUAUGGGGGGAGAAGGUAUGUCAUGAGUAGAAUGGGGACAUUGAUAUGGAUAUGGUGGGAAAAGGUAUGUCAUGAAUAGAAUGGGGACAUUGAAAUGGAUAUGGAGGAAGAAAGUAUGUCAUAACCAGAAUGGGGACAUUGAUAUGGAUAUUGAGGGAGAAGGUAUGUCAUAAGUAGAAUGGGGACAUUGGUAUGGAUAUGGAAGGAGAAGGUAUGUCAUGGAUAGAAUGGGGGCAUUGAUAUGGAUAUGGAGGGAUAAUGUAUGUCAUGAGUAGAAUGGGGACAUUGAUAUGGAUAUGGAGGGAGAAGGUAUGUCACGAGUAGAAUAGGGACAUUGAUAUGGAUAUGGAGGGAGAAGGUAUGUCAUGAAUAGAAUGGGGACAUUGAAAUGGAUAUGGAGGAAGAAAGUAUGUCAUGACCAGAAUGGGGACAUUGAUAUGGAUAUUGAGGGAGAAGGUAUGUCAUAAGUAGAAUGGGAACAUUGGUAUGGAUAUGGAAGGAGAAGGUAUGUCAUGGGUAGAAUGGGGACAUUGAUAUGGAUGGAGGGAGAUGGUAUAUCAUGAGUAGAAUAGGGACAUUGAUAUCGAUACGGAGGGAGAAGGUAUGUCAUAAGUAGAAUGGGGACAUUGGUAUGGAUAUGGAAGGAGAAGGUAUGUCAUGGAUAGAAUGGGGGCAUUGAUAUGGAUAUGGAGGGAUAAUGUAUGUCAUGAGUAGAAUGGGGACAUUGAUAUGGAUAUGGAGGGAGAUGGUAUACCAUGAGUAGAAUGGGGACAUUGAUAUGGAUAUGGAGGGAGAAGGUAUGUCAUGAGUAGAAUGGGGACAUUGAUAUGGAUAUGGAAGGAGAAGGUAUGUCAUGAGUAGAAUGGGGACAUUGAUAUGGAUAUGGAGGGAGAUGGUAUACCAUGAGUAGAAUGGGGACAUUGAUAUGGAUAUGGAGGGAGAAGGUAUGUCAUGAGUAGAAUGGGGACAUUGGUAUGGAUAUGGAAGGAGAAGGUAUGUCAUGGGUAGAAUGGGGGCAUUGAUAUGGAUAUGGAUGGAGAAGGUAUGUCAUGAGUAGAAUGGGGACAUUGAAAUGGAUAUGGUGGAAGAAAGUAUGUCAUGACCAGAAUGGGGACAUUGAUAUGGAUAUUGAGGGAGAAGGUAUGUAAUAAGUAGAAUAGGGACAUUGAUAUCGAUGCGGAGGGAGAAGGUAUGUCAUGGAUAGAAUGGGGGCAUUGAUAUGGAUAUGGAGGGAGAAUGUAUGUCAUGAGUAGAAUGGGGACAUUGAUAUGGAUAUGGGGGGAGAAGGUAUGUCAUGAGUAGAAUGGGGACAUUGAUAUGGAUAUGGUGGGAAAAGGUAUGUCAUGAAUAGAAUGGGGACAUUGAAAUGGAUAUGGAGGAAGAAAGUAUGGGGACAUUGAUAUGGAUAUGAAGGCAGAAGGUAUGUCAUGAGUAGAAUGGGGACAUUGAUAUGGAUAUGGAGGGAGAAGGUAUGUCAUGAGUAGAAUGGGGACAUUGAUAUGGAUAUGGAGGGAGAUGGUAUGUCAUGAGUAGAAUGAGGGCAUUGAUAUGGAUAUGGAUGGAGAAGGUAUGUCAUGAGUAGAAUGGGGACAUUGAUAUGGAUAUGGAGGAAGAAGGUAUGUCAUGAGUAGAAUGGGGACAUUGAUAUGGAUAUGAAGAAAGAAGGUAUGUCAUGAGUAGAAUAGGGACAUUGAUAUGGAUAUGGAGGGAGAUGGUAUGUCAUGACCAGAAUGAGGACAUUGGUAUGGAUAUGGAGGAAGAAGGUAUGUCAUGAGUAGAAUGGGGACAUUGAUAUGGAUAUGAAGAGAGAAGGUAUGUCAUGAGUAGAAUAGGAACAUUGAUAUGGAUAUUGAGGGAGAAGGUAUGUCAUGACCAGAAUGGGGACAUUGAAAUGGAUAUGGAGGGAGAAGAAAGCCCUCUGAGUAAUGAUGAAAGCUUUGAUAAUGUCUUCCUGGAAACCUCCUCUGUACCUGGACAUUGUGAGCAGUGUGGUUGUGCCACAGAGGUGCACCAUCAGCGAGGACCAAGGCGGUUCUGCUCCACAUCUUGCGCUCGUCGAUACAGUGUAAGCUGCUCCCGCAAAAUGUUGGCCUACCGUGCAAGGAUGAAAAAUGCAAGAAACAGGCACCACAUAAGCAACCGGUCCGCUACUGGGACCUCAUCACAUCGCAAGAAUGUGCAAACAUCUCCACAACCACCAACUCAGGUAUAUGAGCCUUCAUAUGGUAUUCCAUCUGUCGCUAACGCUUGUGUACAGGUCAACGAAUUUGAUCACAUGUCCACGUGCUAUGACUGGAGUCGUAACGAGGUUGAGCCGCUGUGGUUAUACGAACACGUGGAGGCCGCCAAGUGGAGUAUCGACCAAGUUGCCGAUUUCAUACGGUCGCUGCAAGGUUGCUCGGAGCACGCGGAUAGCUUCAUCGCGGAGGAGAUAGACGGUCAGGCGUUGAUGCUGCUGCGAGAGGAACACAUGGUAGUCGCCAUGAAGAUGAAGCUGGGCCCCGCCCUCAAGAUUGUCGCCAAAGUCGACACAAUGAAACGCGAGGCAAUGCUACGCGAACACGGGACCGACUGAACCGGGAUCAAGGACUCGGGAUCAACACACAUUAAGCACACCAUGAACACGGGACCGACUGAACCGGGAUCAAGGACUCGGGAUCAACACAGAUUAGGCACACCAUGAACACGGGACCGACUGAACCGGAAUCAAGGACUCGGGAUCAACACAGAAUAGGCACACCAUGAACACGGGACCGACUGAACCGGGAUCAAGGACUCGGGAUCAACACAGAAUAGCACACCAUGAACACGGGACCGACUGAACCGGGAUCAAGGACUCGGGAUCAACACAGAAUAGGCACACCAUGAACACGGGACCGACUGAACCGGGAUCAAGGACUCGGGAUCAACACAGAUUAAACACACCAUGAACACGGGACCGACUGAACCGGGAUCAAGGACUCGGGAUCAACACAGAUUAGGUUCACAGAUAUUGUAUAUACGUACCUUAUAGGCCUCGACAUCGAUAGUACCAAUGCAAUGUACACUUAACUCGUUCUUUGUUGUAUAGGACAAGUUAGUUGAUUUUGCAACAUGCGACGACACACAAACUAAAAAAUGAUAUAACCCCGAUCCCCAGGCUUUAGAAAUAUUUAACGCUGAGUUCAGCCAAAGUGUUAGCUCGAUAUUUCUAGCAUUUACCAAAUGAAAAGCAAUUAAAUUUAAUAUCCCAAAGUUACGUAUUCAAAAUAAUUUUCAAAUGUGAUGUUUUGGUAGUGCAAAAAAGAAAAAAAAAGUGUUGUACAGUGCGCCUUUGUGACGAUGUGUAUACGACAUAUUUAUAAGAAAGCAUACUUUUCCUGAAGUCUAGGUAUGAAUAAUAGGUCUUACCAAAAGGAAUGCCCUUCUGGUUAUUAUAAACAUGUUCAUAUAUUA